CCGGCCUGGGCCGUUCACGGGUCCCAGCGAGCGCCGCUUCUUCUCCCGCUCUCAGACUCCUGCUCGGGUCCUGCAGUCCCGGGCACUGUCCGAGCACAGCCGCCCGCUGCUUCCGCUUCCGCCCCGCGGGCCGGGGGCUUUUCUGGCGGCACACUCCACCUUGCUUCCCGUGCGUCCUGAAGAGCGCGGCGGUGCUCCCCAGGGAUUUCCACGGUAUAACUCCAGAGACUUCUAUAGCUUUCCAAGAACAAAGAAAAUGAAUACAUCUCCAGGGUUGCUGUCAUUUGAAGACCUGGCUGUGGACUUCACCCAGGAGGAGUGGCAGGACCUAGACAAUGCUCAGAGGACCCUAUAUAAGGAUGUGAUGCUGGAGACAUACAGCAGCCUGCGGUCCUUAGGGCACUGCAUCACCAAACCUGACUUGAUCUUCAAGUUGGAGCAAGGAGCAGAGCCAUGGCUGGUGAAAGAAUGCCUGAACCAGAGCCUGCCAGUUGCCCAGAAAAGAGAUGAUGUGAUUAAAACCAAACAGGAAAGUGAAGAUACAAAUUUGAGACAAGAAUUAAUUGCAAACAAUGCAUCAACUCACAAGAAAGUUGAUUCAAGAAAAGCACUUAUUUUAAUCUCAAAACGUAUUCCAAAACUGAUUAUCAAAAGGUUAAAUUUUUCAUUAAUGAAAUAUGAGUCAUGCAAUGUAUUUCACAAUGUGCAUCUGCCUAGUGGGCCUGAUGAAACAGAAGCUGGAGAGAAAUCUGAUACCCCUAAUGUACCUCAGGACUCUCUUCAGUGUUGUGAGUCUGUUGGCCAGCAUCGCAAGACUCGGAUUGUGCAGAAGGCUACUGAACACAGUGUACAAGGGAAAGCCUUCAAAAGAAAGAAGAAAUGCUUUGAAUUUGAGAGGGUUCAUACAGGAGAGACUUGUAAAAAUAAGUCAACUGCCAUUGUCAGAAUGACAACUAGGAUAGGAAAGAAACAUUUCCAUAAAAAUGAUAAGCUCAGCAAGAAUCAACAAACACGCACAAGAAAGAAACUCUCUGAAUCUACUGAAUGUGAAGAAACUUUCAUCUUCAAAUCAGAUCUUAGAAUAAAUCAGAGACCACAUACAAGGAAAAAACCCUAUGUGUGUAAACCCUGUGGGAAAUCAUUCAGCUGUAAAUCCUGCCAUACCAUCUAUCAUAGAACUCACAAAGGGAAAAAGCCCUACAAGUGCAAUGAAUGUGGAAAAACUACUUACCAGAAGUCAAAGUUCACUAGAAAUCAGAGAAUUCACAAAGCUGAGAAGACUUAUGAAUGUAAUGAAUGUGGAAAAGCCUUUUGCCGGAAGUCAGUCCUUAAAACACAUCAGAGAAUUCACACAGGGGAGAAACCUUACAAAUGUAAAGAGUGUGGAAAAGCCUUUUUCCAGAAAUCACUCCUCAUAACACACAAGAGAAUUCACACAGGGAAGAAAACUUAUGAAUGUAAUCAAUGUAGAAAAGCCUUUUGGUUGAAGUCAGACCUCAUCAAACACCAGAGAAUUCACACAGGAGAGAAACCUUAUGAAUGUAAUGAGUGUGGAAAAGUCUUUUGCAGAAAGUCAUACCUUACUACACAUCAGAGAAUUCAUACAGGGGAGAAACCUUAUGAAUGUAAUGAGUGUGGAAAAGCAUUUUGCUGGAAGUCACACCUCACAACACAUCAGAGAAUUCACACAGGGGAGAAACCUUAUGAAUGUAACGAGUGUGGAAAAGCCUUUUACUGGAAGUCAGACCUUGUUAGACAUCAGAGAAUUCACACAGGAGAGAAGCCUUAUGAAUGUAAUGAAUGUGGAAAAGCCUUUUGCCAGAAAUCAAUCCUCAUUACACAUCAGAGAAUUCACACAGGGGAGAAACAUUAUGAAUGUAGUGAAUGUGGAAAAGCCUUUUGCCAGAAGUCACACCUCCUAAGGCAUCAGGGAAUUCACACAGGAGAAAAACCUUAUGAAUGUAAUGAGUGUGGGAAAACGUUUUGGCAGAAGUCAUCCCUCAUUAAACAUCAGAGAAUUCACACAGUGGAGGAAGUCUUGUGAAGAUAAUAAAAUGUGGAUGAUCCUUUGCUAGAAGAAAUAACUCAAUGAGUGUGGAAAAGCCUUUUGUUGGAAGUCAUAUAUCAUUGUCCAUCAGAGAAUUCUAUUAUAGGAGAAAAUUUAUGAAUAUAAUGAGUGCUGAAAAGCUUUUUUGGCAGAAAUCAGUCUUUGUAGUGUUGUGGAAUGAUGGUGAUCUUGAUUCUUGUCUCAUAUUGAAGAAUUUGCAUGUGGACAGAAACUAAGAACAAAGUGCAAUUUAUUGAAAUCAGGAAACUUCCUGCCACAGCAGUCAGGAGUAGAACUCCAAGGGAGGAGUUGCCAGAGAAACUUGCCUUGCUGGCUCUUUUAUUCAACAUGUGACCCUCUGGUCCCUUUAUGAAAAUGAGACUUACAUUAAACCAAUCAGGAGGAGCAAAGUAACAGCCAAUCAGAAAGCAGAGAUUUCAAUGCUGCCUAGCCUUGAUAAAAUUAGGUGCAGUUAAUUGACCUUUCAACUUAUCUAACUGCCUAUUAGCCCAUCUAACUUAUCACAUGCACCUCAGAAAAAUAGGCCCUCACAGCUGUUAGGGGAUUAGUGCGAUGAUGGCUUUGGUUGCUUCAUGCUGAAAGGGGGCAUCAUUGAGUAACAACAGUAGAGCAUUCUUCUGAGGGUCAAUCUAAAUGUCCCUAGCAGAAUACAGAUUUCCUUGAGAUCUUUAUCUGGAAUACUGCCUGGCGUUCAAAGGCUUCUGGUUUAAUCUACUGGAAGCUACAAAGAGUAUAGCAGUUUAUUAUGUAUGAUCCUCACAAGAUGAUAAAAAGGAUGGCACAUUUGGUCAUAGGAAAAGCAAUAGCUAAGAUAGCCACUUCCAAUUUUCAAAGAAAUUUCCUGUUGACAUAUAUAGUUUGUACUCUUUUUCAUGUAGUUUAUUAAUUUCUCUUUGAUUUAGGUUUUAGUUAGUUAAAGCCACAUUCCUGACAACUGCCAAUAUCCUAUUUGACCUUUCAGACUAAAUGAUCAGCAGUCGCAUGGUUUUCCAAGACCCCCUUUUGAAUUUGACUCAGCUCAUUUUUAAUAUGUUAAAGUGGUUGCAAUGUUAACCAUCUUUUCAAAAUAUAGAAGCUGAUUAAUUUUCUUAUGUGCAUGUACACCUAGUCCAGUUGUCACUAAAAUGUCACUACCACUGCUUCAAUUAAAGUAAGCAGUGACAAAGAAUCAUUACAGUCAGAAUAAUAAUCAUUUGGUACAUAGGGAAUGUGUGGAUGCUGUCACUGGAGAGAUGAGGGAUGCUACCUGACCCAAGGAGCAAAGAUCACGCUAUGAUUUAGGAAUUGUAAAAAGAGAAAUAUUACCAAAAGACCCAAACCCGUUGGAAUUGUUAUAACAUCUGGGUAAUUGAUGUGGAUUAAGGAAGGGUGGUUAUGUUUUGAAAUUAAAUCACAAAAAAUAUAGACAGUCAUAAUAUAGUAAAUGAAAAUGUCAUGCAUUUCAGUAAUGAGUCAUUAGCUAUAGGCAAAGUGGAUAUAGUUUGGUUUAUUAUCUUCAUAAAAUGACUAAGUGAUUUUUAUAGAGCUAACCAACUUUGUUUUAAUAUGGGACGUGGUGGUUGUAGUUAGGCCUAUCUCUACAUCUUGAUAAUAUGCCACUCCCGCUAAAUUUGCCUGCAAGCAUGUAGCACCUGUAGUGGUCCCCUUAUUUUAUUCACUCAUUUUGAAACUCAGUACCCAAUGCAUGCCUUCCCCAUUGAUAUUAACACUGACUGAAGUUAUACAUGGAGACCUCACCCUGACAUGUUCAAACACCAUAUUGGAGCCAGUUAGUGGAAUGGCUGUAAAAGGAGAAAGAACUGUAGGAGGAUUUUUAGAAGUAACAUAGUAGAGUUAGUUUGUGAGAAGGAAGUCAUGAAAUAAAGAUGAUAAGAGAACUGAAGACAGAAAGAGGAACUAGAAUUUUAGCUGCAUGCCACUGAGUUGUAUUGAUUUUCUGGAGAUGGCAUCUUAAACAAUAGCUUGAGUCCCUAGUGAUUUCACUUGGGUAGUCCUUGCUCAUGUCAGACCUGAGGUUGUCUUCCAGAGUCUUGUCUACUGGAGCUUCAGAGGCCCAGAAUUUUACUCUGGUAUGAGUGACCAGGCAUAUUGGCCUGGGAUCUUUGCUGCAGAGAUGGAGUGGGCAGGAUGACAGUGAAAGGGCCUUCCCAAAAUUCAGAAAGAGUGGCUGGGAAGAGCUUUCACUAUUGGUAAGUCUCCAGGGUUGAAUUUAGGAAUUGUAAAGCCCUAGUAGUUUUUUAGAUAAUUUUUCAAGAGCUUGUUGGAAUUUAGCUAGUUCAAUUAAAGAUUUAGUGAGGUUCAUGCUUCAUCUGGGCCAGGAGGUCUCUACCUAGUGGAGAUGCUGGACUUUCUCAUAUUAUCAAAAAGGAAUGUGUGAACAUUAGAUCAUCUCAGAUGCAGCUCAAAGACUGAAUGAAAUAUCAACCCUGGAGAAUUCCUAUUUGUUUUAUAGCCAUGAUUGGAGAGGCGGCCCAAGCUGUAAUAAAAGGCAGAAAAACUUGCUCUGGUGUCCAGAAGGAAGCUUAUAAAUUCUUCUUCCACUAUUAGAUGCACCCAGGGAUCCUGGGUGCUAAUCUCAUGUAUCUCCAGAGCCUGUAAAGAUGACCCCAGGCCCCUCAGUCCCAUGCAGGAGGUCUAUUGGAAAUACCUGACCACAUAGUUCUCAGCCUUUGGGGGCAGUCAAACCUCCAGUGAUCUCUACAAAUGUGACAUGGUCCUGGGCAUCUAUUGUGACAAUCUUUGAUGAAAUGUCUACUAUCUGCAGUGAUAGCACUGGUAAUGUGACUAUGCAGUUGCAUACUUCUGCCAUCCUUUUGCUCCUGUUUUUAGUCCUUUUAUCCAUGUUUUAUAAUACUGUGGUAGCCACCAUCAAGAGAUUAUCUUGGGUGCUUUCAAGUCACACCCUAAAUUUUUAGAGUUUUCUUAUGAUGUCUGAAGUGCACUGGUUCAGCAAUCUCUCCUUUAAACUUCCCUGUUCAUCCAUAGAAUCAGUGUUUAAUGGAGUAUAUAUAUUUUUUGAAGUCUCCCUUGGGUGUUCCACAGAUGUGGAGAGAAUUUCCUGUGGCCCUUGAUGAAUCUGAAAUAAUUUAGAGUAAUUAAAGAGCUUGGUUCUAAUUUCCUUUAUUGCCUCUACAACAUUUACAAGAUUCCUUCUUCAAUUGUUUGCAGGAUUAUUAAGGUCCCAGUUAGAGUCAUUUUGUGGAAUUGCCUGCUUACCAGUGGGAAUGACACCUCUUGUUUAUAGGUGCAAUUUCAUGGUCAUUUCCAUGGGAUAUAUAGAAUGCAUCUACAUGUUCUUCUACCACUUACACAGCUGCAGGCUUUUGUGAUCUUGUUUGAGUUUGGCCAAGGAGAAGAAUUACAUCCUUCCAGAUUAGCUCAUACACCUCUGUUAAAUUCUGAACAGUUCUGUGUAAUGUUCUGGAUCAUCUGUGAAGCUACCAAGACCCCACCUAAUCUUCCUAAGGUCUUGCAGAGAAAAGAACUUGGAUCCAAAUAGGUCUCUGCCCUCCCAGUAUUUGUUCAAUAGGUAGUAAAUUGGCAUGAGACUCUGGCAGAGCCAAAGAUUUGGAGAAUGGCAGUGGGUGGAUUUCAGGGAGUUCAUUGUAUUCCUGGAGGAGAUAGGGCCACUACAAUAGUUCAGUCAGUCCAACAAGAUUUAUAGAGCUCUGGACUGUCUCAUAAUGUAAAGGGAGCCUGAAAUAAGGGAGCUCAAUGUACUUCCCUGCUUUAUGACAGAAGAGAUUUAGUUGAAGAGCCAUAUUACAGUUAAUACUCCUUCUGGAGGCUAACUUUCUUUAUCCUGUAGUUUAUAACCAGGCCAGACAAUUGUACACGAAGUUGAGGUGUUUUUCUUUAAGCUCUGGUGAUCAAAGGGAUCCUGAUGUCUGAGAAUGCUCCUCUGGGGUGUACCUGCUCUAGAUGGUUUGCUUUCCAUCUGAAAUGAGAGGUUAAAAACAUCUCAGCUUUCAUCUCUCGAGUUUGAGACAGCCCUCAAACUCUCUUGUCGUUAGCAUCUGGGUAUGCACUGAAGCCCACAAGGCAGGGAGCAAGGAGCAGCUGGAAUUAGGAUAUACCAUCUUUAUUCACUCAGGCUUACCUGACUGUAACCUGGGCUAUAUAUUUGUCAGAACAGCACAUGCAAAACGUGAGCAGUUCCCUUUACUGGAAGUGUACUAGAAUUGGCCUCUGUAUAAUCAAAUAUGUACCAUCAUUUUGCCCCCUUACAUGAAAAGAAACACUUGUUCUACAUCUCUUAACCUUGAGUCAUGUCAUGUGUCUGAAUUUGAAAGUGAGACUUCAUGACAAGAGCCUUAACAAAAGGGUUUGGGGCUAAAGUUUGAAGGGAGGGCACCAGUCCUGGCCACCACUCAAGUUGAUGAUUGAGCAGUUUAAAGGAUUAACAAGCAUGUUGGGAGGAAUAAAAUUCUCCCCAGAGCUACCUCUGAGCUAUGGGCUAUAUAGAAAGAACCUGAUUGAGGUGGACCCAAAGAAGAGAACUGAAAAGGAAGGAAGAGGUGGGCCCAAAAGACUACUUGGAAGGAAGGAGGAAGAGACCAAAGGGCCUCUCUCUAAGUCCAGGCCACCAGAGGAUCUAUGAUUAAAGAAGUGACUAUAUGGAAAAGGCUGCCUGUGUUUUCAUAAGGGAUACCUAAAUUCUGACUUAAAACCUGCUGAAUAUUUAGGGAGAUACUGAUCACUGGACCAAGAAUUUGAGUUCAUAAGAAAGAGGAGAGCCGGUGGGACAAGGAAGACAGCUAGAGGCUGCAGGGUGGUAAAGCAGAGACAGAGAUUUUGUCAUUUUAGGGUAAAGAAAGAGGCAUUAGGGCAUCAGUCCACAACCUGACUACAAACCAUACCCAGUCUCACAAAUCGAUCUCUAUGGGAAGAGCAGGGUGAAGUUCUCAGGCUGACACCCUAAUGGGUUUUGGAGUCUGAUGUCAAGGAGCCUUUGAAAAACAAAGCAUUGCUGUGGCAUGAAUUUUGCAAAUAUUUAAAGACCCUUUUCUAU